CUAAUAAUUUAUAAUAUGAAAUAUCUAUGUCAUCUUAUGCAUAUACUCUUUUAUGUGUUUCAGUCAUUUGACUGUGGCCAUGCUGGAGCACCGCCUUUAGUCGAAGAAAUCGACCCCGGGACUUAUUCUUUGAAUGUGAAGAACAUCCAGAAACUUAGUCAAAAGGAACUAGAAUUGGGUUUAGUUGGCAAAAAAUCUUGGCACGACCAGUACAAAGACAGUGCCUGGAUAUUUAUUGGUGGACUCCCUUAUGAUUUGACAGAAGGAGAUGUGAUCUGCGUAUUUUCACAAUAUGGUGAAGUUGUGAACAUUAACCUGGUUCGGGAUAAGAAAACUGGUCAGUCAUUGGGCUAUGGCUUUCUCUGCUAUGAAGACCAAAGAAGUACAGUUCUGGCUGUUGACAACCUUAACGGUAUAAAGAUACUAAGUCGCACAAUACGGGUAAACCAUGUUGAAAAUUACCGACAACCAAAAGAUACUGGGGAAGAGAGCAACACUGUGAAGAAAUUACGGAUUGAAGGUUGUGCUCCUAAAAUUCAAGACUCCUCGUCUUCAGAAGAAGGGGAAGUCAAAGAUUCCCCUCCCUCUCCGCCAAAAAGAACAAAGAAAGAUAAACUUGAACGCAAAAUUCGGAAAAAGUCCAAAAAGCGCAAGAAAAAGAAAUCUGAAUCCAAAAGAGAAGAUUCGGAUGAUUCUUCGUCUAAAUCGAGCAGUAAUUCUCAAGUUGGUGCAAGUUCCGGUGCUUAUGUAUCCGAUGUUGAAGUAACUCACAGAGGCCAUGCAGAAUCUCCAAAUUCAACCAUGAACAAGUAUUCGCAACAUCCUGUCCCCUCCCGCAGAACAAACAACAACAACAACCUAAGCACGAAGGCACCGUUUUGCCCCAAGCGGAAAUACAAUGACUGCAAUGAAAAAUACGAUUCCAAGUCACGGUUUGUAGCCUCGUCUUCAUCAAAUACGUAUGGAGAUGCUGGCAACCGUGUCCGCCCACAGGACAACAGAUUUGACGGCCGGAGAGAAUACAGCAGGAAUAACAAUGAUAGGUUUACCAAUUCGUGGAGCAACAGAUUUGACGGGGUACGACACACUACCUACGGGAUUCGUUCACCACACAAAGAGAGACAAGAAUUCAGAGAUUAUGAACAAGACGAGUACAGGGAAGAGGUGAGGGAGUCUGACCGAGUGUCCAGGUAUUCAACGCGUGGCGAGAGCUAUCGUGGCCGAGAGGAUGUCUAUGCACGGCGUGAGUCUGGCUAUGGGAGAGGAACCUAUCCAUCGAGGGGUGGAGGUGUUUAUGUACAACGAGAAGGUGGCUAUCCGCCACGGGAAGGCGGUACCGGCUUACUCAGAGAUCCUGUCUUUCCUCCAAGAGACCCCAACUAUGCCCAUAGAGGAGGAGAAACUGGGUUCCCUCAACGGGACAGCAAUUAUCAACCGAGAAACUCCGGUUACUCUCAGAGAGACGACAAUUAUUCUAGAGACAAUCGACAUGGGAAAAGAGACGAGAGCUAUUCACAGCGAGACGGAAGGUUUCAGUCAAGAGACACCGGUUACCUGCAGAGAGAAACAACAAACUACAGACAAAGAGGCACUCUUUACGUGGAGCGGGAACGUGUUUACCCGCAAAGAGACAGAAAUUACACGGAAAGGAUCCGUACUGGUACAGAGAGAAGUCGGAACUAUUCUGAUGGGCCAAGCACAGACCACGUGAGGGUUGGUGGGGAAGACUAUCGCAGAGAACGAUCGUAUCGACUCAGUGAUGACUCUAGGGAACGCAACUACAACAGGAAACCCGAGUAUGAGCGUGACAGAAAACGCAGCGACCGGCCUUAUGAAAGGAGAGAGCGAUAGCCUUUAUCAGAGACCUUAGGAUUUUAAACAGAAACAAAAACAAAAUUGAAAUUUCUAUUAAAAAAAAUCAACAAAAAGCAUGUUAUAUAAAAUUUGUUAGCUUUCUAAGAUGACCUUGAUUAUAAUUUAUUGAAAGCUAAGUAAAUCUGGUUUUAUACAAGCAAAAGAAAAAGAAUACAACCUUCCAGUGAAAAGAUUUCAUAUUGUUUCUUAAAUCAUUAUGGUUACAUGGUAGUGUUAACCACCAUCUCCCUGUCACCCCACCUCCCACCUUUCACACAUGCAUAUUUUUCAUGUUGAAAAAAAUUUUUUUUUUUUUCAAAAAUAUACAUUGAUGGAUAUCAUUAGGCACAUGCACACUCAGUUACAUACACACACACAAACAUCUGUUUCUGUGUCAGCAAAAAAUUUUUUAAUCUUCUGUGACUUCAGAAGAAAAAAAACUAAGACUUCUUUGAAUAAAUAGUUUAUUUACAGAACUAAAGUGCAAAGAAUGGAGAUUCUUAGAUUGAUUAAAAAAACUCUCAUCAAUUCAUAAA